AUGAAUCAGCCAGACCAGCUGAAGCAUAACAUCACGGAGGAUGCUCUGAAGAAGGGCGACAAGACAAACGCCAAUGGCACCAUCUCCAGAGGCCCCUCUCCCAACCGGGGCGCCUCCGUCCGGGACGUCGACGCCAUAGGACCAGACUCGGAGAGCAAGCGCGAGUGGCAGAAACGGCGGGGCAUCGACACGUCCAAGCAAGUCCGCAUCGUCAAGUUGAAUCACAUGCGAUAUCAACAUCCCGACCUGAACAAGGCGACGACCUUUUUGAGAGACUUCGGCAUGCACGUGGUGAAAAAGGGCGACAACGAGCGAUGGUUCCGCGGCUACGGGCCCGACCAAUACGUCUACUACGCCCGGCAGGGGCCGAAGAAGUUCCUCGGCGGCUCGUUCGAGGUCGAAUCCAAGGAAGAGCUCGAGAAGGUGCUGAAGAUCGAGGGCGCCACCGUGCUCACGGACGGGAUCGAGGAGAUGAAGGACGCCCCCGGCGGAGGCUACAUUGUGUCCAUCGCCGACCCGGAGGGGUUCCCCGUCAACUUCAUCUACGGGCAAGCAGAGGUCAAGGAGGAGAGGGCCAAGCCCGGGAAAUUGCUGGUCAACGACGAGACGGACAAGCCUCGAGUCAAGGCUUUUCAGCGGUACGAGCCCGGUCCGGCCGCCGUGCACAAGCUCGGCCAUUUCGGCAUCAACGUCGACGACUUCCCCGCCCAAAUGGACUGGUACACGCGCAACUUCAACAUCUACCCGUCCGACAUUCUGUACGUGUCGGAAGAGAAGGUCGACCCGGCCACGGGCAAGGCCGCACGUAAGGAGGUCGCGCUCUUCGGGAGCAUCGACCGCGGCCAGACGCCCGUCGACCACCACACGUUCUUCAUGACGACGACGGUGCCGGGCAAGGACAAGCACGUGCACCACUCGUCGUACGAGGUGCACGACUUUGACACCCAGCUGCUGGGCCACCAGUGGCUCGCCGAGAAAAAGUACGAGUCCGUCUGGGGCGUCGGCCGCCACAUCCUCGGCAGCCAGAUCUUCGACUACUGGUGGGACGUGUCCGGGUUCAUGGUCGAGCAUUACGCCGACGGCGACCUGGUCAACGAGGACACCCCCGUCGGCUACGGUCCCGCCGAGCACGAGGGCUUGGCCGUCUGGGGGCCCGAGGUGCCGUCUUCGUUCUUGGAGUGA